UUUCCUUUUACUUGACUCUUGAGUCAGCCGUUUACGUGCUUUUCUUGUUUGAGAAACUUUCUUUAAUUAUUCCAUUUGUGUUGUGUUUCAUAUUUACUAAGGAUUUUCAAUUACGUUUUUUUCUUUGAUCAUAAAAUUAUAUUGGAUUUCUGCCAGAAAAUUAAUAGAUGGAAUCGGAUCAGCGUUCUUCUUCCACCUCUUGGACAGCCAUGCAGAAUAAAUUGUUCGAAGAUGCUUUGGCAAUACACGAUAAGGAUUCACCUGACCGGUGGCAAAUUAUUGCCAAGAUUGUUGGUGGUACCAGCCCUGAGGAAGUCAAAAAGCGGUAUGAAAUUCUUGUAGAUGACAUCAAGAACAUAGAGUCUGACAGGGUUCCCCUUCCUGAUUAUAAAGCAAAUGAAAGCACCAGUGAGGGACUCAACAUUGUUAGUAACGAAGACCAAACUGAGCAAAGGCUGAAGCAUCCAAGGCCGUAAUUGAGAUUUUAACAAGAAGAUCGAAUAUUUGGCAUUUACUAUAUAUGGAUCAGUGAUGAGAAACCAAUGGUCAUUUUCUUGAUCAUUACCUUUAGAUUGAGACAAAUUUACUUCAAGACCUCCAUUAUUCUGCUCUUAUUUUGUUUCUUCUCUAUAUAUAGACAGUAUGUUUCUGUAAUUCGUAAGCUUCAAGGAAGAAUCUUCAAAUUUCUCCCAGUAAAUGUGGUUGUUCAAUUUACAGAUGAAUUUUUCCUUUCUAUAUAUUCAUGAUUGAUUGCCAUAAUAACACAAUAUGUAAUUUGAAACCAGU